GUCAAAACAAAUUAGUGAAAAGUUCAAGCAAGAAAUUAUUUUACGUGUAAUAUCUUUUGCAUUGGAUCGUGGAUUAACACAACCAGUUGUUAAUUAUCUCGUACAAAAUACCAAAAUGUCUUUGGGAGCCUCAGAGAUAUGGAUUAUGUCGUCGAAGGGAGAGAUUUUGAUUCGCAAAAAUUACAGAUUUGAUGUUGAACAAUCUGCACUGAAAAUCUUUGUUGGGAAACUUCAGAGUGGAAUUGGAAGGCCCCCUCCUCAUAUGGAGGUUGGGAAGGUGCAUUACUACAACAUCAAAAGAAGUGACUUAUUCUUUGUACUGGUCUGCAAACAACAUGUCAUACCUGUCCAUGCAAUAGAGGUUCUAUCCAGGUUAUAUCAGGUCUGCAAGGACUUCUGUGGUGCAUUAUGUGCUGAUGUCAUCAAUGCAAAUUUCAUGCUAAUUGAAGAAAUACUGGCAGAAUUUAUGGACUAUGGUGAGGUCCAGCUGACAUCUACGGGGAAGUUGAAGCCGUACAUACAGAGUGAGCCAGUUAUGGUGAGAUGUGACUCCACCAAUGAACAGGCCACAUCUGGGUUGUUUGGUCUACAUAGCCGUACUGUACCAGCCAACGCUGCAGACAAGCCAGUCGUUAGAGCUCAAACUGAUAUGGAGGAUCGCAGGAACGAAAUUUUUGUUGAUGUCAUCGAGAGGUUGACUGCAUAUUUUAAUGCAGAGGGUGUCCUGCAAAGGAGCAGUGUGAGUGGGAAUGUGAUGAUGAAGAGCUUUCUGAUUGGCUCCCCCUGUCUCAAAAUUGGCCUAUCAGAACCAAUUGUGUCAGAUUUGACCAAACAAGGUUAUGGAGGAGUUCAUGUAGACCACUGCAGUUACCAUGAGAACGUAUCCACAACAGAGCUAGAGUCUGGAGUGUUGUCUGUUACUCCACCACAAGGAGAGUUUGCGCUGAUGACUUAUCAGAUCACCCAGGACCUGCCAGGGAGUCUACCAUUCAGAUUAAGAUGUGAGAAGGAGACCUCGGAGGGUAGUCUUACCCUCCUUCUCCAGUUACAUUGCAGUCUGCCACAUAACAGUCAUGCUGUUAAAGUCACUGUGAAUGUACCAUUACCGCACUCAACAACUAGGGUGCGCACAGAUGUUGGCGGAGGCAGUGCAGAGAGAAAGGAGAACAGUGUUUUGUGGACAGUUGGUAGAAUGACAGGAGGAACUCAUGCAACUGCAAGAAUACAGCUCUCAAUUGAUGCAUCCUCCGAAACUGCCCUCCAAGAAAUGGGAAGUGUGUCUAUAAACUUUGAACUGGCAGGUUAUGUCUGCUCUAGAAUCCAUCUGCAAUAUGUGAGAGUGUUUGAUACACAGCACUCCUAUGUGCCAUAUAGAUGGUUGAGAUAUAUCACAGUCCCUGAUGCAUAUAUAUACAGACUAACAUGAGGACUAUUAUCAUAGAUAUACACUGUUACUUUGUGUGUUCUCAUGGCUGUAUCUUGCAUAAUUGCCAUGAUGUGAUGUACAAGGGCUGAUCAAUAAAUUUUGCAAGUGAUCUCAUCUAAGAAAACAUUGAGAGUCAUGGCAUCAAAAUUGGUACAUUGAAGAUAUAUUUGAAUAACUGAUCUACAACGCUGAAAUAUUAAGUGUCAACUUUGUUUAAAAUAUGGCAGAUAUGAUGUACAUGUAUGUGAAAUCGCAAAGUGUCUAGUAGAUGCUCUACUUUAGCUGCAUGAUGCCAAAUCCACAACAUA